AUGCUUCCAGCACUUCGCAUCGCCACUCGCCGAGCCGCAGCCCGUCGAGGACCGGCCUCUGCUAUCACCUUCCAAGCUGCAAGAGCUGGGUCUACCUGGGCUAAUGUGCCUCAAGGUCCUCCCGAUGUGAGUUUCGCCGUCUUUGCUACGGAUUUAUCUCGGAUUCGUAUCAGUGAAGCUUUCAAGGCCGACUCCUUCGAGAAGAAGAUUAACCUAGGUGUUGGUGCCUAUCGAGAUGACCAAGGCAAGCCUUACGUGCUCCCCUCCGUCCGUGCCGCCGAGGACAAGAUCGUCUCAAAACGCCUAAACAAGGAAUAUCUUGGUAUUACUGGUCUCCCUGAGUUCACCAAGGCUGCCGCCGAGCUGGCCUAUGGUAAAGGUUCGCCUGCCCUCGAGCGUCUGGUCAUCACUCAGUCCAUCUCCGGUACUGGAGCUCUGCGCAUCGCCGCCGCCUUCCUAGCCCGCUUCUACCCGGGUGACAAGACCAUUUACAUCCCAACCCCUUCGUGGGCCAACCACAAGGCAGUCUUCAACGACUCCGGUCUCAAGGUCGAGCAGUACCGCUACUAUGACAAAAACACCAUUGGUUUGGAUUUUCAAGGAAUGCUAGCGGAUAUCAAGGCCGCCCCCAAGGGAAGCAUCUUCCUGUUCCACGCCUGCGCUCACAAUCCCACCGGCGUUGACCCUACUCCCGAGCAGUGGAAGGAGAUUAGCAAUGCUGUCAAGGCUCAGGGUCAUUACGCCUUCUUCGACAUGGCCUACCAGGGUUUUGCCAGUGGUGAUACAAACAAGGAUGCCUUCGCCGUGCGACACUUCGUCGAACAGGGCCACGACAUCUGUCUGGCACAAAGCUUUGCCAAGAACAUGGGUCUCUACGGAGAGCGUGUAGGUGCCUUCUCUAUUCUCGCCUCCUCGCCUGAGGAAAAGAAGCGCAUCGAGUCUCAGAUCAAGAUCCUUAUCCGACCCCUGUACUCGAACCCUCCGCUACAUGGUGCACGCAUUGCAUCCGAGAUCCUCAACGACCCAGCCCUCAACAAGCAGUGGCUAGGCGAAGUUAAGGGCAUGGCUGACCGCAUCAUUUCCAUGCGUGCUCUUCUCAAAGAAAACCUGGAGAAGCUCGGUAGUGCUCAUGACUGGAGCCAUAUCACGUCGCAGAUUGGCAUGUUUGCCUACACCGGUCUCGAUGCCGCCUCGAUGGAAAAGCUAGCUAAGGAGCAUAGCGUGUAUGCUACAAAGGAUGGCCGUAUCAGCGUUGCUGGCAUCACAACCGACAACGUCGGACGCCUAGCCGAGGCUAUCUACAAUGUCAAGGGUUAAGUCGGCGUCUCUUCUUAUUUAAGCGGGGAAUGGUGGAAAUUUCGCAUAAAGGGAGCGUUUUGUACGAUGUAAAUAUUUCAAGGGGGAAAGGUUGAAAAGCAGCCAGCCCGGUACGACGGUACGAAAUAGACGAAUGACCUAAUGGACGGUUCGGGUUAUGAAAAGAAAAAAUAUACCUGUUCAUUGCGAUACUCCUGGAUGAUGAUGGAGCUGUAUCUUUGAUUAAUACAUUUCUGCUGGGCCUUUCCCCUUUUCCUGUCUUUUGCAUCUACCAGGACUAUCUCACUAUCUCGCGAAUCGGCGAAUGGUAGACAGCAGAUGCUUGUGAUACAAAUAUCACCACUAGAUAUCUACGCAAAUAGAAUUCAUUACUAGCUCUCUUCAU